ACCCAACGCUAACAAUGGAGGAGGCAGAUGCAUCUCAGUCUCUAUCACCGUCGUGUAAAGACGAUUUAUCCGCCACUGGUGUCUCUCACGAAAGCGAGAAAGUCCCGUGGAAAUUCAGAGAGAAAAUGAAGGGAUGUUGGCUAACAAACGACUUCUCUAGGCACAACAACAGACACUCACUAGAAAAAUGCGGAGAGUAUUUCGAUCUGGGCUUGGGAAGACACAAACUCGCUGGACACAAAAGCCAUCAUGCAAGCGAAGACCUAAUAUCCUGGCAACAGCCGGACAAUAAUUCUCCACUGCAAACAAGUUACCAGGCCAGUUACUCAACGUCUCCCAACACGACACCACACGACCAACCAACACGCAGAAGAUUCCCAAAAUGUCAUGCCAGCGGUAACCCGGAUGCCACCACAGCAACAUCGACAACAACCUGGUUUGACAACGACAAAAAGCACAGAACACCCAAUCAAGUGCUCGUGUCGUCGCAAGAGCCGUACCUGCCACACAACCCGUGGAAAUACUCAUAUAGACCGACGAAUAUUAACUCACACUUGCCGUCUACGAAAACAGUCGAGUAGAUGUUUACGAUGUCAAGAAGACGAGUUCGUCCCUGAGGAGAUGUUGAUAUCAAACGAUCUAUUAACUGGACUGUAUAUGAUUAUAUUGAACUGAUGGAGAGUGUAGUAUACAUACAGUAUGAGACAUGUUCAAGUGCAUGGCCUGUAGUUCCAAAGUUCUGAAUACAAAAUAGGAAUGAACACUGAGUUAAUAUCAAAUAGGUCAUAUUGCCACUGGUGAAUGAA